GCGAUUACAGUCAGUUUUAGAGGACUAAUGUGUACAACACGGACAGACUAUAUCGUGGUUACCUGUAGACUGUGUACAAUGUUGACAGACUAUAUCGUGGUUACCUGUAGACUGUGUACAACAUUGACAGACAAUAUCGUGGUUACAUGUAGACUGUGUACAACAUUGACAGACAAUAUCGUGGUUACAUGUAGACUGUGUACAACAUUGACAGACAAUAUCGUGGUUACAUGUAGACUGUGUACAACGUUGACAGACUAUAUCGUGGUUACAUGUAGACUGUGUACAACACGGACAGACCAUAUCGUGGUUACAUGUAGACUGUGUACAACACGGACAGACAAUAUCGUGGUUACAUGUAGACUGUGUACAACACGGACAGACCAUAUCGUGGUUACAUGUAGACUGUGUACAACGUUGACAGACUAUAUCGUGGUUACAUGUAGACUGUGUACACUAUUGACAGACCAUAUCGUGGUUACAUGUAGACUGUGUACACUAUUGACAGACCAUAUCGUGGUUACAUGUAGACUGUGUACAACGUUGACAGACCAUAUGGUGGUUACAUGUAGACUGUGUACACUAUUGACACACCAUAUCGUGGUUACAUGUAGACUGUGUACAACGUUGACAGACCAUAUCAUGGUUACAUGUAGACUGUGUACAAUGUUGACAGACCAUAUCGUGGUUACAUGUAGACUGUGUACAACACGGACAGACCAUAUCGUGGUUACAUGUAGACUGUGUACAAUGUUGACAGACCAUAUCGUGGUUACAUGUAGACUGUGUACAAUGUUGACAGACUAUAUCGUGGUUACAUGUAGACUGUGUACAAUGUUGACAGACCAUAUCGUGGUUACAUGUAGACUGUGUACAACACGGACAGACCAUAUCGUGGUUACAUGUAGACUGUGUACAAUGUUGACAGACCAUAUCGUGGUUACAUGUAGACUGUGUACAACGUUGACAGACCAUAUCAUGGUUACAUGUAGACUGUGUACAAUGUUGACAGACCAUAUCGUGGUUACAUGUAGACUGUGUACAACACGGACAGACCAUAUCGUGGUUACAUGUAGACUGUGUACAAUGUUGACAGACCAUAUCGUGGUUACAUGUAGACUGUGUACAACACGGACAGACCAUAUCGUGGUUACAUGUAGACUGUGUACAACACGGACAGACCAUAUCGUGGUUACAUGUAGACUGUGUACACUAUUGACAGACAAUAUCGUGGUUACAUGUAGACUGUGUACACUAUUGACAGACUAUAUCGUGGUUACAUGUAGACUGUGUACACUAUUGACAGACCAUAUCGUGGUUACAUGUAGACUGUGUACAAUGUUGACAGACCAUAUCGUGGUUACAUGUAGACUGUGUACAACAUUGAUAGACCAUAUCGUGGUUACAUGUAGACUGUGUACACUAUUGACAGACCAUAUCAUGGUUACAUGUAGACUGUGUACACUAUUGACACACCAUAUCGUGGUUACAUGUAGACUGUGUACAACGUUGACAGACAAUAUCGUGGUUACAUGUAGACUGUGUACAACAUUGACAGACAAUAUCGUGGUUACAUGUAGACUGUGUACAACACGGACAGACCAUAUCGUGGUUACAUGUAGACUGUACAAUGUUGACAGACAAUAUCGUGGUUACAUGUAGACUGUACAAUGUUGACAGACCAUAUCGUGGUUACAUGUAGACUGUGUACAACGUUGACAGACCAUAUCAUGGUUACAUGUAGACUGUGUACAACGUUGACAGACUAUAUCGUGGUUACAUGUAGACUGUGUACAAUGUUGACAGACCAUAUCGUGGUUACAUGUAGACUGUGUACAAUGUUGACAGACUAUAUCGUGGUUACCUGUAGACUGUGUACAAUGUUGACAGACCAUAUCGUGGUUACAUGUAGAUCGUGUACAAUGUUGACAGACCAUAUCGUGGUUACAUGUAGACUGUGUACACUAUUGACAGACCAUAUCGUGGUUACAUGUAGAUCGUGUACAAUGUUGACAGACAAUAUCGUGGUUACAUGUAGAUCGUGUACAAUGUUGACAGACUAUAUCGUGGUUACAUGUAGACUGUGUACAAUGUUGACAGACUAUAUCGUGGUUACAUGUAGACUGUGUACAAUGUUGACAGACCAUAUCGUGGUUACAUGUAGAUCGUGUACAAUGUUGACAGACCAUAUCGUGGUGAUGUGUAGACCAUGUACAACGUUGAGAGACUAUAUCGUGUUUACAUAGAGACUGUGUACAACGUUCAUACGGGCUGUGUUUCGAGAUUAAAAUACGACGUAUUAAGUUAUGACUACGUAUGCUAUUCUUUUUGAUACGCCAUAUAACAUACAUGAUGUCAUUCUUACCUGUUAUGACACGUGAUAUCAUGUACCUAUUAUUACGUGUGAUGUCAUACCUGCUAUGACACGUGAUAUCAUUCUUACCUGUUAUGACACGUGAUAUCAUUCUUACCUGUUUUGACACGUGAUAUCAUACCUGUUAUUACGUGUGAUGCGAUAUAAUGUAUGACAUGUAAUGUCAAACCUAUUACCAGUAUAUGUCAUGUAAUAUUUAUUAUUAAAUUAUGAUAUGAAUUUGUUAAAUGUCGGUGUUUAUAAAAAUAAAUUGAGCAUAACAUUUU